CCUCUCUUUAAAAGGAUGAUGAGCCCUCCACACGACAAGUGACAUCUGUCAACCCAAGAUAAAGAAAUAAAACAAUGCCGAAUUUAGAUGACCUGUUCGUCCACAUCGGAGAUUACGGACCAUACCAAAGGAGAAUCACUGUCCUCGGGUCUCUGCCGGUGCUGACCUUCGCGUUCGUCCUCGUAGGAGUCGUGUUCUUGGGGAACACCCCCGUACACUGGUGCCGGACCUCCGGGACAGAGCACAUCCAGGAUGAAUGUGACUGGACAGACAAGGAGCUGCGUGAACUCACCGUCCCGCUGUUGGAUGAGUCGGGACAGGGCGCAUUGGGCACCUACAGCCGCUGCCAGAGGUUCGAUGUGGCCUGGAAGUUCUGGAACGCCAGCCAGAGCAACUGCAGUGACCUCAUCGACUGGCCCUUGAUUUCUAAUCUCACCCAGUUACCGGUAGUCGCGUGCGAUAGCGGCUGGGUGUUUGAUCCGUCUCGCACUACUAUCGUUUCAGAGUUUUCCUUAGUGUGUGAGGAUUCAUGGCUUGCAGAUUUGAUUCAGGUGUCCCUGGCUGGAGGGUUCUUCAUUGGUGCUUUUGUCACUGGAUACUUGGCAGACAGGUUUGGAAGGAAGCCCUGUUUCAUCCUGUCUAUGUUUGGCCUGGGGGUGUCAGGGAUAGUUGUGAUGCUGUCACCCUCUUACCCCCUGCUGCUGCUCUUCAGAGUUCUCCAGGGCUUCUGUUGCAAGGGAGCAUGGACAGUCAGCUAUGUGUUUAUCAUUGAGUUCUUUGGCUCAAACAACCGGAAGUUUGUCUCAUUGCUGUCCCGCACCUUUUAUUCCACUGGGAUGGCCAUCCUACCUCUCUUGGCAUACUUCUUGCCCUCCUGGAAAACCCUACAGCUGGCCAUGAGUCUUCCCUGCUUCAUCUUCAUCACUUACGUUUGGCUCAUUCCAGAAUCUCCUCGCUGGUUGUUGUCACAACGAAGAACCAAAGAGGCUAUGAGGAUCGCUAAAAACAUUACCAAGUGCAAUAAGAGAACUGUCCCAGAGAAUUUUAGAGAGUUUGAUCCUCUGGAGGAGAAGCAGGAGCAGGAGGCAGAGAUAAGUCGUCCGUCAUUCAUGGAUCUGUUUAGGACGUCCAACAUGAGGAGAAACACUCUGAUCCUCAUCUACGCUUGGUUCACGAGCGCAGUGGUUUUCCAAGGGUUGGUUCUCCGCCUGGCGAUCACUGGAAACAAUAUCUUCCGGGAUUUCUUCAUCUCUGCAGCCGUGGAGCUGCCCACCGGCAUCAUCUUCUACCUGUUGGUGGACAGGGUUGGACGGAGACCUCUCAUGGCUGUGUCUAACUUCAUAGGAGGAGUCGCCUGCCUCAUAGUGCCCUUCGUCUCAGUAGACUAUCUGUGGCUGAAGAAAGCCAUAGCAAUCAUUGGGAGGCUUUCUGUCGCCAUUGGAUUUGAGACGGUCAAUUUUGCCAACUCUGAGCUGUACCCAACACCUCUCAGAAACCUGGGCGUGUCUGUGUGCUCAUCAGCCAGUGAUAUAGGAGCUAUAGUUGCCCCUUUCUUGCUCUACAGACUGGCCAGUAUCUGGCAGGAACUGCCUCUCUUCCUCUAUGGUGUCAUGACCGUGUUGUCCAGUGGACUGGUCAUGCUAUUACCAGAGAUGAGAGGCAUCGAUUUCCCUGAGACCAUAGAAGACGUGGAGAACUUAAAUGGGAGGAGAUACAGAUAA